AUGCAGUAUACCAACGCUGCACUUUUCUUCCUGGCGGCAUCCAGCUCACUAGUAGCAGCGACUCCAGCAGGGCGAGCUGGCGUUGUCCGGAGGCAGGCCAACGCGGCUGCCAACGACGGAUCAAAGGGAAUCCUAGCCGCUCAAAAAGCCGAAUUGGCUAUCGCUCUGGAGUCCGCCGGAAUAGCUGGCGCAAUAACGACCGGCGCCCAGGCACAAUCGAUCCUUGCCCAGCUCGAAGCCUCCCUGGGCAUCACGCUCGACGCGGCGACGGCAACGGCAACGGGCGGCGCUCAGAGCACAGCCUCCAGCGGACAAGGACAGGGACAGGCACAAGCAACGGGACAGGCAGCCGGUGGUGCCCAGGCCGGUGCGUCGGGCAAGUCGGGGGAAGCCAAGGCAACAAACACCGCGGGGGCCGGGAACUCCCAAGCGGCUGGCGCGGCUGCUGCGCAGCAGACCGGUGCCCAAGGCCAAGGAGCUGGCAACGCGGCGGACAACCAGGCGCAGCAGAAUGCGGACGCGGUGGCUAAGCUAAGCAAGGCCAACGUAGCUGCGCAGGCGUCGCAGAGCGCGGCUAUCGUUGCUGCUCAGCAGGGCUCGCCCGCUGGGCGGCGGUAG